UCGAAAAGUUUGUCCCGGGAAGGGUCGCUACGCCUCUGAGUAAGAAAAAACGUGAUUUAAUACAUGGAUACAAGUUGCAUCUCACAAUGCUUCUAGAAUUAAUAAAGUUGUUUGUUAGGAAAUUCACAUUUAAAAAAAUGCUUUGUAAUACGGACUAUACAACAAGACGAUCAUAUUUAAAUACAUUUUCAUAUGAAUAGAAAUGAAAGGGAAGCUACUCUCAAUAACAUUUUCUUAAGAUGGCUGCUGUUUUUAAUAGCAAAUUUACUAUCUCGAACAGGGUUGAUAAAAAUUAAUUUUAGGAUAUUUAAAUUGAUUUAACCAUCAAUGAAUGAUCGAGGAAACGGUGAGUGAACAAAAAUUGUAUCCAUAUGAUGGGAAACAGCAAAGAUGUAGAGAGGUAACUUUAAAUCAGGAUUUGGAACAAAAUAUGAAAUACAAGUUUGAAGAAUCAGAUCAUGAAAUACUAGAUCUUAGUCUAAAAUGCAAACUUGAAAUUUUGGAGAAUGAAGAAUUAAAAUUAGAAUAUAAAUGUGAAGAGUUAAAAAAUGGACUUGGGCUGGACUAUAAAUUUGAUGAGUCACCGAAUGGACUAAAUGUGGAAUUUAAAUGUGAAGCAUUGGAGAACGAAGAAGUAAGUUUAGAUUAUAAAUGUAAUGGAUUGGAGAAUGGAUCACCUGAUGUUGCUCAAGCAUUUAAAACAUGUCCUAGAGGUAGUAGAAGAUCAUUUCAACAAAACCAUAUAAAACUAAUGAAGUUAUCGCAUAGAGGUAGUAAAAAGAAAAGAAAAAAAGGGAAUCUCUCUCGCAGGUCUAAUAGUGCAAAACGAAAAAGAUUAGCACAGAGAGCUGGAGAAACUGAAGAGGAGACUGCUGCAAGACGUGCACGAAAGACAGAAAAAGCUAGGCUCAAAAGAUUAGCUCAAAGAGCUCAAGAAACCGAAGAGGAAGCUGCUGCAAGGCGUGCAUAUUAUGCAGAACAAGUGAAGCAGAGAAGAGCUCAAGAAACAAAAGAGGAGGCUGAUAAAAGACGUGCACAACAGGCAGAAAAAGCUAGGCUCAAAAGAUUAGCUCAAAGAGCUCAAGAAACUGAAGAGGAAGCCGCUGCAAGGCGUGCUUAUUGGGCAAAACUAGCUAGGCUCAAAAGAUUAGCUCAAAGAGCUCAAGAAACUGAAGAGGAAGCUGCUGCAAGGCGUGCAUAUUAUGCAGAACAAGCGAAGCAGAGAAGAGCUCAAGAAACAAAAGAGGAGGCUGAUAAAAGACGUGCACAAAAGGCAGAAAAAGCUAGGCUCAAAAGAUUAGCUCAAAGAGCUCAAGAAACUGAAGAGGAAGCCGCUGCAAGGCGUGCUCAUUGUGCAAAACUAGCCAGGCAAAGAAGAUUGAAACUGAGAGACCAGGAAACUAAAGAGCAGGCUGCUGCAAGGCUUGCUUAUCAAGCAGAGCAAGCUAAGCGCAGAAGAUAUGAACGAAGAGCGCAGGAAACUGAAGAAGAAGCUGCCGCUAGGCUUGCUUAUCAAACAGAACUAGCUACGCGCAGAAGAUUAAAACGAAGAGCUCUGGAAACUGAAGAAGAAGCUGCCGCAAGGCGUGCUUAUCAAACAGAACUAGCUAUGCGCAGAAGAUUGGAGCGGAGAGGUCUUGAAACUGAAGAAGAAGCUGUCGCAAGGCGUGCUUAUCAAACAGAACUAGCUAUGCACAGAAGAUUAGAGCAAAGAGCUCAGGAAACUGAAGAAGAAGCUGCCGCUAGGCGUGCUUAUCAAACAGAACUAGCUAUGCGCAGAAGAUUGGAGCGGAGAGGUCUCGAAACUGAAGAAGAAGCUGUCGCAAGGCAUGCUUAUCAAACAGAACUAGCUAUGCACAGAAGAUUAGAGCAGAGAGCUCAGGAAACUGAAGAAGAAGCUGUCGCAAGGCGUGCUUAUCAAACAGAACUAGCUACGUGCAGAAGAUUAGCACAGAGAGCUCAAGAGGCUGAGGAAGACAAGAAAGACAUGCACAUAUAUAAGAAAAGCUUGAGGGGGACAAAAAAGGCUUGCACGUAUAUGAGAAAAUCUUGAUGACAAGCAAGACUUGCACAUAUAUAAGAAAAGCUUGAGGGUGACAAAAAAGGCUUGCACGUAUAUGAGAAAAUCUUGAUGACAUGCAAGACUUGCAAAUAUAUAAGAAAAGCUCACAAAAUUGAAAAGAAAGCAUCUUCUAUAUAUGCAAAUCUAGCUAAGUGUACAGGUUUAGCUAAACAAGCAAAAGUUGUUCUAAUAGCCUUAUGUACAAGUUAAGCUAAACAAGCAAUACUUGCUCAGGUAGCCAUAUGUUGUACUAGUUCAGAUAGACUAGCACAUUUUGUUCAAAUAAACCAAAUAUACAAGCUAAGCUAAAUAUGCACUUAUUUCUCAACUAGCCAAGUGAAGAACAGUAGCUAGACAAGCUAAGGCGCUAACUGAACAAUUUCCUAGAGGAAUCCACAGUUUGAUUUGAUUGGGGAAAUGUCUUGCUUAGUAUCAGCCAUCAGUGUCUUUUGUAGCCUCCAAGUCAUGCACAAAAACAUUUCAUGAACUUUGGCAGCAGCAGUUUAUUCAGAAGUCAUCCAUGAUGUUUUAAAAAAGGGCCAACAGCUUACAACUGUGCCUCAUGUUGUUCACUAAGUCAUUGCUGAAACAAAUACAGCCAAUUAAGUAUUAAUCUCAAGCGUCAGCUCAAAGUUUAAACUAUUUUGUGGGUAUUAGUUGUUUCAUUAUUUAAUGUUAAAAAUUUACCGUUUACAAGACUGUUGUUGUGUACACUUUCUUAGAAGUAAAAGAUCUGUUUCAAAAAACUAAUUAUUUAACACGUACAUUGCUUAAAUUGAAAGUUGUUUCCUUUGGAAUAAAACUUGUGAAGUAUAAGCAAGCAUAGUGUUUAUUAUUAUUAUGGAAAGUUAACAUUGUUUAGUUCAGCAAACUUGAAUUCUAUGAAUUGCAUUAUUUGUGCUGAACUGGAUAGUAUUGUACU